AUGGAUUUGGAGAAUUGUGUUACCAAUCUCAACCUUGCACAUGAGAUAGUGAUAAACAGAGACUUAGUCUUCAGACAGACCAGCCCACCCAAAGACCGCUUGGAAGGGAGAGUGACUGACAUAGUCCCAGAAAGCACGGUGAACUGUCUUCGUGAGCAGCUUUCAUGCAGCCCUCCAGACUAUACCCAUGUAGUCAUUCUGCUACAAGAAGUGAAAACUGUAAAUAUGGUCGUGUACCCUCUGUCUUGUUUUGCACGCUUCGUACAAAAUAAUAAAAUGCAGUACAACAGGAUAUUUCUUAACGUAGCUCUUUAUUUGCUAGCUAUAACUGGCAUGUUCACACUGUGCUGUCCCUGCUCCUGCCAGGCCAUGUGCGGUCUGAGGGCUCAAGUGGAGGAGGUUCUGGACCUGGAUCUGAUCCAGCAGCAGGCAGAUCAUGGGGCCCUGGUCCUGCAAAGACUGUCAGGCUACAUCAUCAAUACCAUGGCCUCCCUGUGUGCCCCUAAACGAGACCCAGAGAUCAGGACUUAUCGGACACAGUGGAGCUCCUCAGUCCUUGGCCUGAUGAAGACAAACAUGGUCAACUUUACUGUUCAGCCUCAUCUCAUGCAGCAAGCUGUCCAGUACGAGCAAGCCACGUUCCACGAGAACCUGUUGAAGCAGCCAGUUAUAGUAGCUCAUGUUCAAAUUUAUCCUCUCCCUCCACAGACAGUUCUGAUGGACAGAGCCCGCUUGGAGGUGCUGGAACAGAGACUGAGCCCGCUAGUUCUUGAGGCAUCAGUUCUGCUGUUGACCAGCACACAGCAUGGGGACGCUGUUUUUUCUUCGUAGGAGUUUGUAGGUAAACUCAAGCAGACCAUCACUGCCCUGCUGGAGGUAAGAGAUGGGGGGGGUUUACUGGCUGUCUCUGGGCGCAGGUAAUGUUUGACCAAACAGGGAAGUUGACAAAAGAGCCUAACUGCUGCUGUGUAAACAUAUGCAACAAACCCCAGAUUCUGCAGGCUCAAGAAAUAGCCCAUAGUUAACGUAACCCCCCCAAAAACAUUUGAAAAAAAACAAAUAAUACAGUAAGUACAAUCGAUUGUGAGAGUUCCUUAAAUCCUUAUCCUGCAGAAUGGAUGUUUGACACCAGUCUCUCUGGUGCGCUCAGGGACUUUGACCUGCAGGGGGUGUUGCUCGGGCUGGGGAAGCAGGUGCUUGUGCAGGUGAAGGAGGCUCUGAUCACGUAGGGAGGACCAAC